AACCAAUCCUGCAUUGAAUCGAAUCCUAUCCUGUCAACAAGACAGUAACUUUCACUAUUAUUUUAUCUUUUUUAACAAAAGUAACACAAGCUGAAACCGAAGUAUUCGAGAGCUCAAGGAUCAAGGAUAGUUAUUGAACAAUCUAGUGUUUAUUGUAUCAACCAUUUUCUCGCCAGAAGUGUUUUCCCCCAAGGACAACAUGCGGUAGUUGCUGACCGUACGGUCGUGUUUCGUCACCGGACAACGCACUGCGGUCUCCCGGGUCUUGAACGUUUCAGCCCGGGUGGACAUCAUGGCAGAUCACGCUGAAACCAAGAUCCUGCACCGGCGUGCCAGUUGUUCCAAUUGGCGACAUUAUUGAGUUGAAACGUUAUAGUUCGUUGUAUUGUUUUAAUCUACAAACAAAAUAAGUGAUUCUGACAUUGAAGUCGAACACACAUUCAGGAUGGAGACUAAAGACAAGAAAAACGAGUGGAAAAAUAGUCAACUAACGGUAGCCGUAAGGAUCCGACCUAUGACCCCUGGAGAGACCGAUAUUGGCAGCUCAAUGAUAGCUCAAGCAGUCGAUGAUAAUAUUGUAGUGUUGUUGGAUCCCAUGGAGGAUCCUGACGACAUCCUCAGAGCCAAUCGGUCCAGAGAAAGACACUACGCUUUUGACCGUGCAUUCGGUCAGCACUCCAGUCAGGACGAAGUGUACAUUCAGACGACAAAGAGUUUAAUUCAGAGUGUAUUAAAAGGCUACAAUGGAACUGUCUUUGCAUAUGGAGCCACUGGGGCUGGGAAAACCUACACAAUGCUUGGCACGGACUACGAGCCGGGCAUCAUGGCCCGUGCACUCAAUGAUUUAUUUGAAACGAUGAACGCCAGGAGUGAAGACUCUGUCUACAAAGUCACCAUGUCAUAUCUUGAGAUUUACAAUGAGAUGAUUCGUGACUUGUUGAAUCCUGCGUCGGGUUACUUAGACCUGAGAGAAGAUGCAUCUGGAAAUGUCCAAGUAGCUGGCAUCUCUGAGGUCUCAACGGACUCCACUAAAGAGGUGAUGUCAUUAUUAAUGGAGGGUAACAAGGAGAGAACUCAAGAGCCAACGGCCGCCAACAAGACGUCGUCCCGAUCUCACGCCGUGCUGCAAGUCACAGUCCAAGAGCGUAACCGGGUGCAUACGACAUCGCAGGAAGUGCGCAUCGGAAAGUUGUUCAUGAUUGAUCUAGCUGGGUCUGAGAGAGCUUCACAGACGAAGAAUCGUGGUAAGCGGAUGAUAGAGGGCGCUCACAUCAACCGCUCAUUGCUGGCUCUCGGUAAUUGCAUCAAUGCGCUGUGCGAGGGUGGUAAAUACGUCAAUUACAGAGACAGCAAACUCACUAGGAUAUUAAAGGACGCAUUGGGUGGUAACUGCAAGACAGUAAUGAUUGCCAAUAUCAGUCCAGCAAGCAUCCUGUUUGAGGAAUCUCGUAACACACUGCUCUAUGCUGACAGAGCCAAGAACAUCAGGAUGAAGGUGAAGCAGAAUCUAACAAACGUGACGUACCACAUGGUGCAGUAUACCAACAUCAUCACUGAGCUACGCCAAGAGAUUGUUAGACUCCAGAAGAAGAUAGCUGAUCAGGACAAGUUUAAAGGAUCCACAUCGCAGCUGCAUGAAACCAAAUCGGAAGACACUCUUCAUAACAGAGAUGAGAUGGACAGGCUGAGGCAACAGCUUAUGGCCAACUUCCAGAAGCAGAUGGGCAUCAGGCAACAUAUGAUGGAGAUUGAAAACAACAAGUGGGAGGUGGCUGUGCAGAUCAACAGACAGAUGGCAAUUAUUACAGAAUGGGACCAAGAGAGAUCAAGAAGCAAAGAGAUUCAUAAGGAAGUGGACAACAGAUACAAAGAACGAGACCUUGAGAAAGAAAUUGAUGCGGACAGCAUAACAUCCGAGACUCCUGAGCCUGAAGACAUCAUCAACGCCAGGGAGGAAAUCGCUGUCUUAGUGAGGCGACAGAAUACGCUGGUCACCAGUCAGAAGGAGCUGGAAGGCACCUUGGAAGCCGUCAGGAGGGACGCCAACAGCCUGGAGGAAGUCCUCCCAAAGAAGAUCACCAGCGAGGAGCAAGGGGAGAUACUGAGCAUGCUGUGUAAGGUGCAUGAGUUAGAGAUUGAAAACACUGAAUUGAAAUCCCAAGCGUUGAUUCACAAGCACAGUACUGAGCAGAAGGAGAUGCUGAUUCGAUGCUAUGAGAAACAUCGCUUACUCUGUGAUAAGAUUAUCCAAGAGCAGAGGGCGCUCAUCAACAAGCAUGGCAUCUUCCGUCCGCAGCAGCUGGAGGAUUGGUACGAUCAGUACACAUCAGCUGUGUUUGAUGAAAUGACACUCGUCAAUACGAACCCCAGUCUACAAAACAUGAAGGAGAUCAAGGCCACGUCUAUGUUGAACCUCCGCGCUUUAAAAGCUUUGCAAGAAGGAAAUGAAGACAGCUAUCCAGAGAAAGAAUCCACGGACGUCAAGAUGAGACCAAAGAGAGCGUCACACCUAGCAGAAGAGAGCAAGUCAAGCACCAACCAGCCUCGGGUUUUCAACCCAAGUCCGAGGGCCCACCAGCUACGUCAGAAGGCAGACCUGAGCUCCUUGCCUAAGCUCAAAGUGAACUCCACUUCUCCCCCGGUGACCAAGCACGAGAGCCUUGAGAUGUUAAACGACCACAGCAAGAGACCAUCGUCUCCCGGGGAUGCCCUGAAGACGGCUCGGUCGAUGCAUGAACUGGAGUUUCCCGACUCUGAUCAAGAUAUCUUGAGCGAUCGGAAGGAGAUCGUUCAGCGGACUAAGAAGAUCGCCGCGAUCGCCGCGCAGAAACGCAACUCGCAGAAGUACUCUGAUAAGAGCAACAACCGGAUGGAUAAACUCAACCUACAUGAGAAGACUAUCACCUCACUACGAUCGGUUCACGAAGUGCCGGAGACCGACACGGACCGUGAGUACUUGACCAUGAGUAGGCUGUCCGAGCACAACAACGUCUACAACAGCCAUAUUCACGAUCAUGACGACAAUAUAUCCAUCGUGACCUUGGACCGGCGAAGCGAUGGUAUGUACUCCAACGUGAACCUGAAGCAGUCAAGAUACAGAGGGGGCAACUACAACAACGAUCACGAUGACACCAUGUCCAUCAUCACCCUGGACAGACGGAGUGAAGUCACCGAAGGCUUCUCAAAUUCACAUCUCAGAAACCCUAAGCAUAAAACCGGAGGAGGUGGUGGCAUGAAACAACGGAUGACAGACAAGCAAAUGGCUGAUAAACGUCGGCGGAGAGGUCUCGGUUAUGAAUCUAGUGGUCACGUGUUGUACAUGCCCUCUAAGGGUGGCUUCAACAGAGCUUAUCCGGCCGUGGAGUCACAGAGUAAACAUGGGAAGAAGUUUACCCCGAGGUCAAACGACCAACAUCAGACAGGAAGAGUGAAAUAUCCCAUCAUACAUCAUGCCGGUGAGCAAGAUGCAACAACAUUGGGUUCAGUCGGCACACCGACCAACAUGAAUGUCAUACACCAAAUAGGAGCAGAGAGAGGCCGAGGCCAGACACUCCAUAAGAAAUCAAGGGGUAUUUCAGUUAACGACCCUACCAGUUACAGCUCUACUCAGCUUGCAGGCAAGCAGCAAACGGGCAAACGCCACCAGCCGAGCUACCCCGUUUAUCACCGCAAGAACAUGCUGGCCGUCUCGGGCUUCGGCUUGGGGAAAAAGGAGAGAUAUGGAGGGCGGAAACUUUGAACGAGAGAAAAAUAUCAUUAGACACUCAGGGUGUGAUUCUUGAAAUAGCCGAAGUUUAAAUGCUUUGGCUACUUUUUGUAGAUCAACUUUUUGGCCAUUACACAAAUCACUACUCACUGUGAAUGAAGAUGUAUGUGAUAAUAAUAAUAAUAA